CAAUCAAAAUAUCACAAUGGAGAAUGUAGAGAGUUCUAAGCAAUCGAUUCAAAUCGUAACUGAGAACCCGAUGGAAAGCUGCAGAGAGAAAACUAACCUCGCUUCGGGCAAACCUGUCAUGAUGUAUUCCAUCUUGACUAAUCUUCACGCGGGCUAUUUUAGAAUAAGCCUCUCUCUCGCCAGCCAAGCUUUGCUCUGGAAAAUAAUGGCUGCAUCUUGGUCACACCAUGACAGCCUCCCAUCCAUUGUGUUCCAUUUCCUUUGGUGUCUAGCACUUGGAACUCAAGCAUCUCUCUGUCUUUUGUAUGUCCUCAAGUGUAUUUUCUACUUCAAGAUGGUGAAGGAUGAGUUCUUGCACCAUAUAGGAGUGAACUACCUUUACACUCCAUCGAUUUAAAGGAAUCGAGUAUCUAGGUCUCCGCCGACAACAUCUUUUAUUCCGUAACGGUCUGUGAUAUUACUAUUCUUCUGGGCAUUUGUUGUUCCUGUCUUAACCCUCGACAUUAAAAUCUAUGGUCAGUGGUUCACAACAGAGAAAAGGUUUUUGUCAGUAAUGGCAAACCCUGCAAGCCAUGUUUCGGCCAUAGCAAACCUGGUGGCUGCACGGGCAGCAGCACAAAUGGGUUGGAGGGAAACUGCUGUAUGCUUGUUCUCGCUCGGGAUGGUUCACUAUCUGGUUAUCUUUGUCACCCUUUAUCAGCGCCUACCGGGAGGCAACAAUAUCCCCGCAACGCUGAGACCUAUUUUCUUCUUGUUCUUUGCUGCACCAGCCAUGGCCAGUCUAGCCUGGAACUCGAUUUCUGGAGCUUUUGAUACCCCGGCAAAGAUGCUCUUCUUCCUCUCACUGUUUAUCUUCAUGUCCCUGGUCUGUAGGCCGAUCCUUUUCAAGAAGUCCAUGAAAAGAUUCAACGUGGCAUGGUGGGCUUACUCGUUCCCGCUCACCUUCCUUUCUUUAGCCUCUGCUCAGUAUGCACAAGAGGUGAAAGGUCAAAUCCCUUCCCGCUUAAGGCUUUUCUUGUCAUCUGUCUCGGUCUUGGUCUUCCUCAGUUUGAUGUUACUGACAGCUGCCAACAUUAACAAACUAUCCAGAAGUGAUCCUCUCCUGACUUCUGCCACUGGUUCAAGAAAAUAAGCAAUAUGAACA